AAAGGCAUCGGAAGAUAGUACUUCAAUAGAAAAAAACAAACAGAGUCCUGAAGUUGAUACUACCAAACGUACUACCUUAGUCGAAGAAGCGAGGCAAUGUAGGGAUGCAUUUAAACAAAUGAAAUCAGCUUUUGAAAUGGCAUUAAAUUCGGACAGGAUCGUGCGGUAUUAUGCAACACAUAGCAUGGAAUUAAAGGCACUGGUUCACAGAGCUCAUGAACUGAACCUUUGGGAAAACAUCGAUAGACAUGUUAAUGAAGACAUUUAUUGGGACGUCAGGGAGGGUGAAAAAAAGCAUGGAGUAGAUAUUAUAGAGAUCGAACGCAUAAAAGAACACUUUAAUGAUUAUCAAAACGCACUCAAAGACGCGCUACGUGAGCGCACAGCAAAACUGUUCAAAUUUGAAAAAAUCUACAAUGUUAAGUCAGCGUUGGAAUACGUCAUGAAACGGUUUUGUUCGAAGAAUAAUAUAGAUUUCAAAUUAUGCGGACCUUUCCAAGACAAUAUAUUACAGCUUUUGCUCCAACAAGCAGACUUUAAAGAUCAUUUGCAAGAUGCGUGCCGGUUUAAUUUAGUGGCUACAAGAAGCAAAGAAAAAAAAGAGGAAUUUCCGUACAGGAUGCCAUAUAUGUCCUGGUGGGAAGAAUAUUAUAGUAGUAGUAGCGAUGAGGAUACGGAUGAUGAGGAUGCUAAUACGGAUGAUAAGGAUGAGGAUGCUAAUACGGAUGAUAAUGAUGAUGAUGAUGAUGAUGACGCGGAUGCGGAUGAUGAUGCGGAUGAUGAUACGGAUGAUGAUGCGGAUGAUGAUGCGGAUACUAAUACGGAUGAUGCGGAUGAUGCGGAUGAUGAUGCGGAUACUAAUACGGAUGAUAAGGAUACUAAUACUCAUACGGAUGAUGCGGAUGAUAAGGAUACUAAUACCCAUACGGAUGAUACGAAUGAUGCGAAUGAUAAGGAUGCUAAUACUAAUACGGAUGACGGAUGA